GACAUUCCCCAACUUUGCAUCUAAAUUCUGUAAUUCCCCCCUGGAACUUUAUGGGCAGCCAAGACCUCCGCCAAGAGAGAUUCAGUCCCCCAUGCAUGGACUCAUGGGGUACGAGCAUUCCCUCUCCUCCAACACUGCGCGUACCCCCCCUUACUCCCUCCCCUUUGGCCCAUUCCACAGCAGCGCUUGGCAACGUCUCAAUGACUGCGCCUCCCCUCCGUACCACGGAGAAUCCGCCAAGAACCGUAUGACUUGGUGUUCUAUUACAUUCUUUCCUCCUUGCGCAUCCAAUGUCACCGUAGAGAGAUGGUCCCAGUUCCAAGUUGCGCUGCCAAGUGUCGCCAAGACCUCCCACAUUCUCAGUGUCCAGCGGGCUUUCGAAUGUUCUCGGACUCCGCGAAGCUGCAUGACAGUUCUGUUGAGACAUUGGAGGCACAUCCUGUCGAUCCCAUGCAAUAGCCGGCCGAGACUAGAAUCAUUAAUCAUAGAUACGUCGACGGCACACACUGACUUCGUCGCAGAGAUUCCAGCACCAUGGAUUGGACGCCGAACCCAAAUCCAAUAGUGCGGCCUACUGAAGGUUGAGACUCACAAUAGAUUAUGAUGGGUACUCAACCCGCAGUAGAGAAAUCACUAAUGACUCAAACUUCAGUCUAGAGGGAGCAUUUCUCUGGUUUGGAGGACGGCUUCCGACCGACGGCGUGACUCAGAUAUGAGGCUCUGCCUGUGCUUGGUAGACGAGAAUCACUUCUACGAAAGUUAGCAGUAAUGGGAAUCGAAAUCAUUUAAUUCGACGGUCUACAGUCUGAUA